AUGAGCAUGAAGAGAGAGUCUAGCACUCCAUCGCUUGUAGGGGUGUCGGUCAGGAGCAUCAAUGACUCCAACAACCCGGAUUUCUGCGAUGACAGGUCCCGCAGCGUGUCAGAAGUUCGGUCUUCGUCGCAAUUACUAGAAAAAAUCCAUUCUUCCACGCAGCUGAACAAACUGCAAGGCUCCUACACGACCGUGGAUGAGCUGAACCGCGAGGGUGCGUUGCUGACAGACGACAACAGUGUUGAUCUCGAUAGCGUGGUGCACGGGAAGCUGGGCGAUGACGACAAUCUCAAAAAGUCAGUGCUCAAGAAAAAGAAGAAGAGACAGCAAGAAUACCAGAAUACUGGUAAAGGCGAAAGCUCUGGUGCCCAAUUUGGUGCGACUCAGUCGUCGUCGUCGGGGUCGUUUACGUCGCCUUCCCACUCGCCGUCCCAAACACGCAGCUCGUCGCUCGUGACAUCCAGGGAUCCGCUUCGCAAUUCCAACUCUCAAGUCCACGUCAACCCGCGUUCGACCAGCAACUUUGCUCACAAAAAUGGGAAUGGCAACGGCAACGAUGACGACGAUCAAAUCCGCAAUUCAUACGGCGAGUUCAUCACGAAUCGGUCUCAUCGUCCACAUCUGGCCGGAGGCGCGUCGUAUCAAAGCACCAACAGCUACGAAAGCGAAGAAACUCCGCGUGAGCGUUCCGGACGCUCCGCUCGUAAGGAAGAAGCCUCCAGAGACUUUCUAAGAUCGUUAUCCCGUUCUUUAAGUCGUGAUCCAAAGAGAUCUGUAGCCGAUCAUGAGCUAAACUCACGUGUGGUUCAGAGACCGGAUUUCGAAGGCAGUGGCCCUCACGUGAUUACGGAAGAAAUUGAAGAUGAACAAGAUCAAGGAGCCCUAUUGAAUGAUGAAGGUGAUGAACAAUACACACCUGAGCUUCAACAAGCUGCCAGCAGGGAGGAGACUAAGCAACCUGUGAAUUUGUAG